AUGAUUUAUAUAUUAUUUUUUAUCUUCUACUUGGUGGCUAGCAAUACUAACCACAAAGUUGAGUGCAUGCGAAGUGAACUGGAGGAAGAUAUGGAGCUGGAAAGACAACUAAAACAUAUUAACAAGCCUCCUAUCAAAACUAUUCAUACAAAGUUUGGGUACAUUGUUGAUUGUGUCGAUAUUGGGAAGCAACCGGCCUUUGAUCAUCCUUUAUUAAAGAAUCAUAAGUUGCAGAGGAAGCCAAGCUUUCAAAAAACAAUGAGAACAACUAAUGAGAAAAAUUCAAGUGCUAAACCUAUUGGAUUUGGGCUUGAGAAAAAUCAAUGUCCAAUUGGAACUGUUCCUAUUAAAAGGAUAACAAAAGAAGAUCUCAUACGAGAAAAAUUAUUAUUUAAAAAUUACAUUUGGACACCAAAAUCACCGCGUAGCCAUGUAAGUUUUCUCCCAUAUAACUCUGUUCAAUUGUCAGCAGUUUAUUUCUAUAAAUCACAUCUAAUAUUUCAAUUUUGGAAUAAUUAUGUGAAUCAUUGA